AUGUUUGAAAUAAUUGCAUUCUUGGUUAUCUUGUUCCUUUUUGCAGUAUAUUGUAAAAAAUUCAAAGUACAUUAUUCAACUUUACAUACAUCUUUCAUCACUAAUGUGGAUGAAGCACGCAAAGUUCUCAUUGAAAGCGACUUACUUUCCCGCACGAUACCGAAUCAAAGGUUUAAGAAAUGUUUUCAAAUAUCAAAUCCUUUCACCAAUCCAAAUGAAAAGUAUCGUAAAGAAUUCGUCAAAGUUAUUCAAAAAACAAUCAGUUUCGAUGAUACUAAAUGGCGAAAUUUUGCAAAUAUUGCUCUUGAGGCUGUAAAGAACGAAAAACUUCUUAAAACUGGGUCCAUUGAACUUGUUCCCUGGAUUCAGAAAAUCACACUAAGUAUUACGUUGCGCGGUUAUUUAGGAUUUGAUACCAAUAUCUACCAAGUCGUUGGUGACAUUCCUAAAACCAUAAACGACCUUUGGACUAAGUCGAGAGAAUACGAUAAUAAUAAAGAAUCAAUUCAACAAUCAAUAAGUUUUCUUAAAAGAUUCUUUUAUAAUGCAACCUUAAUUUCACAAACCAAAGACAAUAACACCAAUGUUAUAAAGGAAAUGUCAAAAAUAGCACAGAAACAUUUAAAUGAUAUUCAGGAAUUACCACAAUCAACCUCUGGAUUGAUUAAUUCUACAGCAGACGAACUUAAAACUCCGCUGAAUAUUGUGCUUCCAGCAUAUGAAACAAUGUGGAGGGUUCUUUUAUAUGCAAUUUUAGAAAUUAAAGUGCGUGAAAUUUUGCUGUCCAAAAACAACUUGAAAAGGAAAAACGAUAAAUACUUUAAGAAUCUAAAUAACUCGAUUGAUACUUUUCUAAAAAAUCCAUCUCAUUCUACAUUAAAAAAAAAUCAAUUAGACCUUAUAGUUAAAGAAACCUUGAGAUUAUAUCCCGCAACACGUCACUUAUAUCGAAUGCAUGAUGAAAAAAACUAUGGGAUAGACGUAGAAACGAUCCAACGUGACCCCACGGUUUGGGGUGAUGAUGCAUUAUGUUUCAAACCGGAACGAUUCGAAAACCCUAACGCGUCAUCUUCUCCAUCAUAUAUGCCUUUUUCUGUUGGCAAAAUAAAAUGCAUAGCAGCCGAUAAAUUUGCACCAACAGUGGCGGCUAUCCUUAUUGCAACCGUUUUGUCAUCAGUUGACAUUGUAGAUGUUGUAGAAAAUGAAGCAGUUGAAAAAUAUCUAAAAAACCCUGAUUUGCCUUUUGAAAAUUCUCGUCUUGCUUUUGAUAAGAUGAUUGUGAAUGUUACAACACGAUGA